AUGGAGAAUGAUACUGAAACGAUGCCUAACUGCUGCGGCUAUGACAGUCGGAUUGCGUCUCGAAGCGCAAACAUUUUCAUGUUGGUGGUGGCAAGUCUUUACUUCAUUAUGGAUUUAGUCAGCCUCAACGACACGGAUAUAAACACAGCUCCAAGUGAAGACGAAAGAAUUCAUAUUAAACUUUCGCUAAGUGUCACAACGAUACAGAUCAUUGUCAAUUCCCUUGCAAUCUGGGGCGCCCAUACUUAUCGCGGCUGGCCGAUCAUGUUAAGCUUGGCAUGGAUUGCUGUAAACAUGAUUCUCCUCAUAUUGGGUUCGAUCUUUGCUGCUGUGUACGGGACUGGCGGUCUUGCGGUUAUCAUUAAAGGCACCGUUAUUGUGCUGAUCCAAUUUUCCUUUAUGCUUUGGCCAAUGUAUGAGUACAUUGAAGAAUAUGACAAGUUGAAGGAAAUAGCAGUCGGCCAGGAAGUGGAAAAGGAAAUCAAGCAAAACCUUGAAACGGUCUAG